CUUCUCACGCACCAACCCAAUGAUUCCAUCGUUUUUAAACCUCUUCGUCUUCACGCGCAAUUUGUCUUAAUAUACUUAUCAUUUCACACCAUAUUAAAUUAUACAUUCAUCUCUCUUCUUUCAGAUCCGAGCACUCACAGUCACAGACAUGGCAGCAGAGGUUACGACAAUGGUGCUGAAAGUUGAUCUCCAGUGCCACAAGUGCUACAAGAAAGUGAAGAAGGUGCUUUCUAAAUUUCCCCAGAUACGAGACCAGGUUUAUGACGAGAAGCAAAACACAGUGACGAUCAAAGUUGUGUACUGUUGUCCCGAAAUAUUGAUGGCAAAGAUAAGCAGCAAGGGCGGCAAAUCGAUCAACAGUAUCGAAAUCAAGCCACCAUCAAAGCCUAAAGAGCCCGAGAAGAAGACAGAAGCAGAGAAGCCUAAAGAGAAGCCAGAAGCAGAGAAGCCUAAACAGAAGCCAGAAGAUCCUAAACCCACUAAGCCAAAAGUUGUCAUUAUCGAGCCACCGAAGCCACAACCAGCCAAGGCGACUGAAGCAGCACCACCAACCCCCAAGGCUCUUGUAACAGCACCAACCCCGGAGGCUAUUGUUGUAGCACCAAUCCCCCAGGCUCCCGAACCGGCACCGGGUUACCCAUUUGGCGUGUACUACAAUGAGUAUUAUGGGGGGCCAUUUCAACGGCUGGGUUAUGAAAGACUUGUGAGUUAUGAUGGUUAUUAUGGACGGCCAGUUUAUGACAGUUGGGGCGGCAGUGGUGGUGGCUGGAGUAGAGGUAAUUACAGUGGUCGUGGGGAUUACUUCCCUGAAGAAAAUCCUUCAACUUGCUCAAUUAUGUAAUUGAUGCAUUAAUUGUUAUCAAUAUCAAGUGUGUUUGCGUCUUGAGUUUUUUAUUAAAUGUCAAGUUUUUGAUUUUCCAUUGUAUUAUGAAAUUAAAAUUCAGAAUUGCUAUUACAAGAA